CCGACCCAGGAACAGCAUCAACCGAAGCCAUCUUCUUCUUCUACCCUAAACCUCUCUACCUCUCUCUCAUGGCGGCUCUCAUUAGAAACCUUCGGUCCGGGAACAGCCUAUCCAACUGUUCUCUCGUUCCUCCACACCUGCUCACAAGUUGCAGAGGAAUCGUUUCGAAGCUUUUCGUUGGAGGAUUGUCAUUCUACACCACGGACAAAAUAUUGGCUGAAUCAUUUUCUCAGUUUGGUCAAGUUGUUGAAGCCAAGGUUGUGAUGGAUAGAGUGUCGGAUAGAUCAAAAGGAUUUGGAUUUGUAACUUUUGCAUCCGAAGACGAGGCUUGUAGAGCUGUGACAGAGAUGAACGGAAAGACACUGAAUGGGCGAAUCGUUUUUGUGGACUAUGCAAAGCCUCGGUUAGGCGAAAAGCUUGGAAUGCCAAUUGCAAGAGGACCUCCUGAACCGAAAGUUGAUGAUAAUUGACUCCUCUUGCAAAGGUACAGAUAUAGUGAAACUCACACUGCAGGAAGUAUUGGUUCAAGCACAAAGUGAAUGGUACACUCAUGUACGUCACUCAGACAACUUGCGACCGUACCAAUGAAAAACACAAAAAAGAAGAAGAAGAAGAUAGCUCGACAUUUUAGAAUGAAGGGAACAAGGAACGGAUACUCUCAUUUGGUGCCUAAUGUGGAUCCAUUGAUUUGCAGAUUUUAAUAUAGUCUACUGUUGUAAGAAUAAUCUGUUGUGAUCUAAAAAGCAUGCUACUUGGCAUUGGAUCCGUGACGAGAAUGAUAAUUGGCUACAUUGUUCUCUGUCUAUGUUUUCUUCAACCAGUGUAAGCAUCAAAACAACACCGAUGAUGCUGGAGGCUCUCAAUUACUGCUCGUCGGAAUGGAGCUUUUCCAUAAUGGUAUCUGUUGUCAUAUUCUGUUGCUUAUAAUUAUGUCUGCGAGGACCGUGGUCUAUGGAAAACAGGUUUUAG